CUCUCUCUGUUUUUUUUUUCCUCUCUUUUCUUGUGCUUUCUUGGUUAUUUUCCGGGAAAGCCGGUGGUUGGUUGGCUUGGUUAUGCUGUGCUCUUUCUCUGGCCUCAAGAUUUGUGGCACGUGACGAUCAGAUUCUCGUUGGUUAAUUCAUAUAAGAAAAUUGUUGUAAUUAUUAUUUUUUUCCCUUUUUUUCCCUGCCUAAACAACAAGUAUUGUGUUUCUCCCAAAUUAAUCAGAUUUUCAUUUCAUUCUCUGAGCCAGAAAAUCACUCUGAGCUGAAGAAGACGGACGGUUUAGAUCUGUAAACUAUCACGUAAAAAUUGGAAAAAAGUGGUGAAAACACAAAUCUUCUCAGAUUUGUGUUUUUCUGGAUCAUUCUCAGUGUGUACGUAAUUUGAGAUUUGGUUUCUUAUUUGGAGUCAAAUACUAGAUCCGAGUCAGAGACCUAAAGGAGCACAAAUAUCCUUAAAAUAAGUAGGUUCAAAAUUUGUCCUCUGUGUGCUGUAUUCUUGGAAACCUAGCUAUUGUUGAAUUUUCGGUGAAUUCUCAAAAAUGUUUGCGAGCUCGGGUUCGAUUCUUCGGCUCCGAACCGGUGCGUCUGGCGCUCUGCCUUCGCUGGACAAGUCCUCGAACCAGCAGUCGAAACUCAAUGCGGCUCCGAGAGCUCCGACAACCCGGUUUAAUACGCGAUGCUCGGCGGGGGCGAAGAAGUCGGUGAAUGUAAUAGAGAAGAGGUUUCUGGGGACCCGAUUGCGGGCCUCCGGGUCGGAGAGAUUCCAGUUCUGGAGGUCGGACGGGCCUGGGAGGGCGCCUAAGCUCAGGGUCGCGGUCCGCUCGUCGUUCUCCGCGGUGCCGGAGAAGCCUCUCGGGCUCUACGACCCGUCGUUUGAUAAGGAUUCGUGUGGGGUCGGAUUCGUUGCAGAGCUAUCCGGCGAAAGUAGCCGUAAAACGGUUUCGGAUGCUUUGGAGAUGCUGGUACGUAUGUCACACAGAGGUGCCUGUGGGUGUGAAGCCAACACUGGUGAUGGAGCCGGAAUUCUUGUUGCUCUUCCUCACGACUUCUAUGAGGAGGUUGUUAAGGAUCUUGGGUUUGAGCUUCCACCAGCAGGGGAAUAUGCUGUUGGCAUGUUCUUUUUGCCCAAAUCGGAGAGUAGAAGGGAAGAAAGCAAAAAUGUGUUCACAAAGGUUGCAGAGUCUCUUGGGCAUACUGUUCUUGGGUGGCGACCUGUGCCUACAGAUAACACAGGAUUGGGCAUGUCUGCCUUGCAGACAGAACCUGUGGUUGAGCAAGUUUUCCUUACACCUACUCCUCAGUCACAAGUUGAUUUGGAGCGGCAGAUGUACAUACUGAGGAGGGUUUCAAUGAUUGCCAUUAGAGCUGCAUUAAACCUUGAAUAUGGUGGUGCUAAGGACUUCUAUAUCUGUUCUCUUUCCUCAAGGACUGUUGUUUACAAGGGUCAGUUAAAGCCAAAUCAGUUGAAGGAUUAUUAUUAUGCAGAUAUUGGCAAUGAAAGGUUUACGAGCUACAUGGCCCUGAUACACUCGAGAUUCUCAACGAAUACAUUUCCCAGCUGGGAUCGUGCUCAACCUAUGCGUAUCUUGGGCCACAAUGGAGAAAUCAACACACUUAAAGGCAACAUAAACUGGAUGAAGGCACGGGAGGGUCUAUUAAAGUGUAACGAGCUUGGCCUCUCAGAGAAUGAGUUGAAGAAGCUUCUACCAUUUGUGGAUGGCAGUUCAUCUGAUUCAGGAGCUUUCGAUGGUGUCCUUGAGCUUCUUGUUCGAGCUGGUAGAAGCCUCCCUGAAGCUAUGAUGAUGAUGAUUCCUGAAGCAUGGCAAAAUGACAAGAAUAUGGAUCCUAAUCGAAAGGCGCUAUAUGAAUACUUCUCUGCUCUAAUGGAGCCAUGGGAUGGGCCAGCUCUUAUAUCAUUUACUGAUGGCCGCUAUCUGGGAGCAACUUUGGAUCGCAAUGGGUUGCGGCCCGGUCGUUUCUACAUCACCCACAGUGGACGAGUUAUAAUGGCCAGUGAAGUUGGCGUAGUAGACAUUCCACCUGAAGAUGUGUAUAGGAAAGGAAGACUAAACCCUGGCAUGAUGCUUUUGGUUGAUUUUGAAAAUCAUAUUGUGGUCGAUGAUGAAGCCCUGAAGCAGCAAUACUCACUGGCGAGGCCUUAUGGCGAGUGGCUUAAAAGGCAAAAAAUUGAACUCAAGGACAUAGUUGACUCUGUUCGUGAAUCGGAAAGGGUCCCUCCUCCCCUUGCGGGAGUGAUUCCAGCAUCUAGUGAUGAUGACAACAUGGAAAACGUGGGCAUUCAUGGUUUAUUGGCUCCAUUGAAAGCUUUUGGUUACACUGUUGAAGCCUUGGAAAUGUUGUUGCUUCCUAUGGCAAAAGAUGGUGUGGAGGCUCUUGGUUCUAUGGGAAACGACACUCCGUUGGCUGUAAUGUCUAACAGAGAAAAGCUCACUUUUGAGUACUUCAAGCAAAUGUUUGCCCAAGUAACAAACCCUCCAAUUGAUCCUAUUCGGGAGAAGAUAGUCACCUCCAUGGAAUGUAUGAUUGGUCCGGAGGGUGACCUGACAGAAACCACUGAAGAACAAUGUCAUCGUCUUUCACUGAAAGGUCCUCUUUUAUCCAUCAAAGAAACAGAAGCAAUAAAAAAGAUGAAUUAUAGAGGUUGGCGAAGCAAAGUUCUAGACAUAACUUAUUCUAAAGACAGAGGUAGCAAGGGAUUGGAGGAGACCUUGGAUAGGCUUUGUGCUGAAGCACAUGAUGCAAUUAAGGAGGGUUGUACGUUACUUGUGCUUUCUGAUAGAGCUUUCUCGCCUAAGCGUGUUGCAGUAAGCUCCCUCUUGGCUGUUGGUGCGGUUCAUCAAUAUCUCGUUAAAAAGCUUGAGCGCACCCAAGUUGGGUUGAUAGUUGAAACUGCUGAACCACGUGAAGUGCACCAUUUCUGUACGCUUGUUGGGUUUGGUGCAGAUGCUAUAUGCCCAUACUUGGCUAUAGAAGCCAUUUGGAGACUGCAAGUUGAUGGAAAGAUCCCACCAAAAUCAAGUGGUGAGUUCCACUCAAAGGAAGAGCUGGUCAAAACGUACUUCAAAGCAACCAGCUAUGGAAUGAUGAAGGUUCUUGCCAAGAUGGGGAUAUCAACUUUGGCCUCUUACAAGGGUGCUCAGAUUUUUGAAGCUCUGGGUCUUUCUUCAGAGGUGAUUGAGAGGUGCUUUGCUGGAACUCCAAGUAGAGUUGAGGGUGCAACAUUUGAGAUGCUUGCUCGUGAUGCAUUUCAUCUGCAUGAGUUGGCGUUUCCCUCUCGGGCUUUUCCUCCCAAAAGUGCAGAAGCUGUAGCACUGCCAAACCCAGGUGAUUAUCAUUGGAGGAAAGGUGGUGAGAUUCACCUGAAUGAUCCCCUUGCUAUAUCCAAGUUGCAGGAGGCUGCCCGAACCAACAGUGUUGCUGCCUACAAAGAAUACUCCAAGCUUAUUCAUCAAUUGAAUAAAGCCUGCAAUUUACGGGGCCUAUUGAAAUUUAAAGAGGUAGAGGCGAAAGUUCCUUUGGAUGAAGUGGAACCUGCCAGUGAGAUUGUCAAACGGUUCUGUACUGGGGCCAUGAGUUAUGGAUCGAUAUCGUUGGAGGCCCACACAACAUUGGCUAUUGCUAUGAAUAAAAUUGGAGGAAAAUCAAAUACAGGUGAGGGAGGUGAGCAACCAUCUCGUAUGGAGCCUCUUCCAGAUGGUUCAAAGAACCCAAAAAGAAGCGCAAUUAAGCAGGUUGCAAGUGGGAGGUUCGGAGUUUCAAGUUAUUACCUUACCAAUGCCGAUGAAUUACAGAUAAAAAUGGCUCAGGGGGCCAAGCCUGGUGAAGGAGGUGAACUUCCUGGCCACAAAGUUGUAGGAGAAAUUGCGGUCACCAGGAAUUCUACUGCAGGGGUGGGACUUAUUAGUCCACCACCCCAUCAUGAUAUAUAUUCAAUCGAAGACCUUGCCCAGUUAAUUCAUGAUCUUAAGAACUCGAACCCUGCUGCUCGAAUUAGUGUGAAGUUGGUAUCUGAAGCUGGUGUGGGAGUAGUUGCUAGUGGAGUAGUCAAGGGGCAUGCUGACCAUGUCUUGAUCUCUGGUCAUGAUGGAGGUACAGGGGCCUCUAGAUGGACUGGAAUUAAGAAUGCUGGGCUACCAUGGGAACUCGGUUUAGCAGAGACUCACCAGACAUUGGUUGCUAAUGACCUUCGUGGCCGAACGGUUCUCCAGACAGAUGGUCAACUGAAAACUGGAAGAGAUGUGGCCAUAGCAGCCCUUCUUGGUGCGGAAGAGUUUGGCUUCAGCACAGCACCUCUCAUAACUCUUGGUUGCAUCAUGAUGCGGAAGUGCCACAAAAAUACCUGUCCUGUUGGCAUUGCUACUCAAGAUCCAGUACUUCGAGAGAAGUUUGCUGGGGAACCAGAACAUGUUAUAAACUUUUUCUUCAUGGUAGCAGAAGAAAUGAGGGAAAUUAUGUCACAGCUUGGAUUUCGAACUGUAAAUGAGAUGGUUGGCCGUUCUGAUAUGCUUGAAGUGGAUAAAGAAGUGACUAGAAACAACGAGAAGCUGGAGAAUAUUGAUCUCUCCCUAUUACUUAGACCUGCUGCGGAACUUCGGCCUGAAGCUGCACAGUACUGUGUCCAGAAACAGGAUCAUGGCUUGGACAUUGCAUUGGACCAAAAACUUAUUCCACUUUCCAAAGCUGCAUUAGAAAAGGGUCUUCCCGUAUACAUUGAAAUGCCAAUCUGCAAUGAGAACCGUGCUGUUGGAACUAUGCUUAGCCAUGAAGUGACUAAGCACUAUCAAAUGGCAGGGCUUCCUUCGGACACCAUCCAUAUCAAAUUCAGUGGAAGUGCAGGUCAGAGCCUCGGAGCGUUCCUCUGCCCCGGAAUCACGCUUGAGCUUGAAGGUGACAGCAAUGACUAUGUUGGUAAAGGGUUAUCGGGUGGCAAGAUUGUAGUUUAUCCUCCAAAGGAAAGCAAAUUUGAUCCGAAAGAAAACAUUGUAAUAGGUAACGUGGCUCUCUAUGGGGCAACGAGUGGGGAGGCAUACUUCAAUGGGAUGGCAGCAGAAAGAUUCUGCGUACGGAAUUCAGGAGCUAAGGCAGUUGUGGAAGGUGUUGGUGAUCAUGGAUGUGAGUAUAUGACUGGUGGGACUGUUGUUGUGCUUGGAAAAACUGGCAGGAAUUUUGCUGCAGGUAUGAGUGGUGGUAUUGCUUAUGUUCUUGAUGUGGAAGGAAAAUUCCAAUCUCGGUGCAAUCCUGAGCUCGUAGAUCUUGAUAAAGUUGAAGAAGAAGAGGACGUGAUGACUCUUAGAAUCAUGGUUCAGCAACAUCAGCGUCACACAAACAGCCAGCUAGCCAAAGAAGUUCUUGCUAACUUUGAGAAUCUUCUGCCUAAAUUCAUUAAAGUUAUACCCAGGGAGUAUAAACGGGUUCUUGCAAGCUUGAAAGUAGAGGGAGCCUCCAAGGAGGCUGUGGAACAUGCUGCUAAGGAACAAGAUGAGGCAGAACUAAUGGAAAAAGAUGCUUUUGAACAGCUUAAGAAGUUAGCAGCUGCAUCUUUGAAUGAGAAAUCCAAUCAGAAGGUAGAAGAGGCUAAAUCAUUGAAGAGGCCUACUCAGGUUACUGAUGCUGUUAAACAUCGAGGUUUCGUUUCUUAUGAGCGUGAAGGCGUUCAAUACAGGGAUCCUAGUGUUCGGAUGAAUGACUGGGAGGAAGUUAUGGAGGAAUCAAAACCUGGCCCACUUUUAAAGACUCAGUCCGCACGAUGCAUGGACUGUGGUACUCCUUUCUGCCAUCAGGAGAAUUCUGGAUGUCCUCUUGGAAACAAAAUACCUGAAUUUAAUGAGUUAGUGUACCAAAAUAGGUGGUGUGAGGCAUUAGACCGGCUCCUCGAGACAAAUAACUUCCCGGAGUUCACUGGCAGAGUGUGUCCUGCACCUUGUGAAGGUUCUUGUGUUCUGGGCAUUAUUGAGAAUCCUGUAUCUAUCAAGAGCAUUGAGUGUGCCAUUAUAGACAAGGCGUUUGAGGAGGGAUGGAUGGUACCACGACCUCCCCUCAAGAGAACAGGGAAAAGAGUAGCGAUUGUUGGAAGUGGACCAGCUGGAUUGGCUGCUGCUGAUCAGCUAAACAGAAUAGGUCACAUGGUGACCGUGUAUGAGCGUGCUGACAGAAUUGGAGGGCUUAUGAUGUAUGGUGUUCCAAACAUGAAGACUGACAAAGUGGAUGUAGUUCUACGGAGGGUGAACCUUAUGGCCCAAGAAGGUGUCAAUUUUGUGGUUAAUGCUAGUGUUGGAACUGAUCCCUUAUACUCUCUUGAUCGGCUCCGAGAAGAGAAUGAUGCUGUUGUUUUGGCUGUAGGAGCCACAAAACCAAGGGACCUUCCUGUACCUGGACGGGAGCUAUCAGGAGUCCAUUUUGCUAUGGAGUUUCUUCAUGCAAACACUAAAAGCUUGCUUGAUAGCAAUCUCCAGGAUGGUAACUACAUUUCUGCCAAGGGAAAGAAAGUUGUGGUCAUUGGUGGAGGUGACACUGGCACUGACUGCAUAGGGACAUCUAUUCGGCAUGGCUGUAGUAGUGUCGUAAAUUUGGAGCUUCUCCCCCAACCACCGCAAACUAGGGCACCAGGCAACCCCUGGCCACAGUGGCCUCGUGUAUUCCGUGUAGACUACGGGCAUCAGGAAGCUUCUUCCAAGUUUGGAAAAGACCCAAGAUCUUAUGAGGUAUUGACUAAGCGGUUUGUGGGAGAUGAGAAUGGAGCAUUGAAAGGACUGGAAGUUAUACGUGUCCGCUGGGAGAAGGAUGCUAGUGGAAAGUUUCAGUAUGAGGAAGUUGAGGGCUCUGAGGAGAUCAUUGAGGCUGACCUUGUCCUACUAGCCAUGGGUUUCCUUGGCCCUGAGUCGACGGUGGCAGAGAAGCUGGGAGUGGAACGAGACAAUCGAUCAAACUUCAAGGCAGAGUAUGGUCGUUUCUCAACCAGUGUGGAUGGGGUCUUUGCAGCUGGGGAUUGCCGGCGUGGCCAGUCGCUGGUGGUAUGGGCAAUCUCUGAAGGCCGGCAAGCUGCUGCACAGGUUGACAAAUAUCUUAUAAGAGAAGAAAAAGACCUUGCUGUUAGCCCUGGGAUCAAGGAAAACCUUAUCAAGAGGCAUCAUGACCUUACCAAGAGGCACCAGGGCAGCAGCAAACACACAGUAAUGACAUAGGUGACCUCCAAUUUUCUUUCCCAUACAGUAUUCAAAAGAAAAGAAAUACAGAAAAACUAUUCCUAAAUUGGUCUUUCUCAAGUACAAACCAACGAGCGAUGCCAAGGGACUCUAAAUUGGUCUUUCUGGACUCGAGGCCAAGGGACUCUUGAAAGGUUUUGCAGGAGGAAAAAGUGGUUUCCGUGGUAUGAUUUUGCAGAAGCCAGUGGUAGCUUGAAUUGGGCUGGGUAUAGUGUUCAAUUUCUUCAUUAAUAAUGUUUAUAGUUUAUACUCCCCGUAUUGUUUAAAAGGAUUAGCUCAUGUGGUUGUUUAUUAAGGAAUAAUGUACAGUUUUGUUUCAUAAUUUAUUUUUUAAGAAUUAUAUAUUGGAAAUUUUUGAUAUUGUAUUGGAAUGAACUUUCGAGGUUGCCAAGCAUGCUUGAAUUAUACAAUAGUUACGAAAUCUUUUGAAUUGAUA